UUCUCCUUCCCUUCGGCUUCUGAAUAGGAAACCAUAGAGGCUUCUAUCCAGAAGGCCCCACCUGGUGGUUGCCAUUUUGGGGAUUCUCGUUUGGGAAAAACUAGGAUACCCGACACAGAGACCGGGGCUUUGCCCUUGCCUGUUCUGCGUGGGAGGAGGUAGCGUUGCUGGUCUUCCACAGAGCUGGCUUGCAGAGACCGGGAGGCGAAGUCCUCUGUUUUGAAAGCAGGCGAUUGGACGGACGCGUUGCAUUCUUUAGGCGCCUAGUAGUACAGCUGUUACCACGCAUGCUGGAAACAGGGUUUCCAGACGCCCUUUUCACGAGUUCUUGCAUCUGAUCUGAAGCAAUCCUGAAAAAAUCCACGUUUGUCAUGGCUAGCGCCCAGCCUACAAAAGAAGAAAGAAUCAGUUACAUUAAGGGAGAUCUUUUUACUUGUCCUGAAACAGACUCGUUGGCUCACUGCAUCAGUGAGGAUUGUCGAAUGGGUGCUGGUGUAGCUGCCAUUUUUAAGAAAAGGUUUGGCGGUGUUCAGGAACUCUUAAAUCAGAAAAAGAAGACUGGAGAGGCAGCUGUUCUGAAGAGAGAGAACCGAUAUGUGUACUAUCUGAUUACAAAACCCAAAUAUUUUCAUAAGCCUACAUAUGACAAUCUACAUAAGAGUUUAGAAGCUAUGAAAUUCCAUGGUCUGAAGAAUGAUGUAACUCACAUUUCUAUGCCCAAGAUUGGAUGUGGACUCGACCGCCUGGAUUGGAGUAAAGUCUCAGCAAUACUUGAAGAAGUAUUUCAGGAUACAGAUGUUAAAAUUACAGUGUACACCCUAUAAUUAAGGUAGCAUUCUUGAGAUGAUUGUCUUGUUUUCCUAUUUGUUGUAUUCUCUGCUUGUAAAUGACGUGGGAGAAGGUGAUGGAAUUAUUUCCCUCUGCUUCCAGACAUGUUUUCACAAUUGCUAAUGCCCAAUCAUAGACAGUGUUUUGCAGAAAUUUAGAGUUAUGUCUUUCAGGGAUACUCUGUCAAGCCAGAAGUCUGUCCUCCAUUCUGCAGAUGAAGCUACUAGUAAUAAACAAAAACACCUUUUUGUGUUGCUGUAUUUUGGUUAAUCUGAUACUUCUUGCCAUGUAGUCUUGUGUUUCAAAAUAAGGUAUAAAACUAUGGAGUGACAAAUUUGUUAUAUAUGCUCAGUUUAAAAAACCCCAGAUUUUCUUCUUUACUUUUGCAUAAAUAAAAUAUCUUUUUCAAACAAA